AUGAAGGUUUUAAAAGAUGAAGCAAAUAUGAAACUUAAUGUUAAUAUCAUCAACAUUUUUCAUUUCCUCUUAGAAUAUCUAUUUAAUAGUUUACAUCUGAAAAGUCAAGCUUUAAAUGAAAUAUGUUUAAUAGGAGAAUUGAAACUACGCAAUAGCGCUUAUCUUAGAGCAGAUUUGAAAAGAGAUAAUUAUUUGAAUGCUUUGUUGUCUUGA